GCCGUAAUCAAGACCCUGAUACCGGUCAACCCAAUCUGUUAACAAGCAUAUCCGGUCCGAUCGGAAGUGGGUUCCUUCUUCUGCUAUGAUCCCAGCUCUGUCUUUAACUUGACUCCUUCGCUCCUCCUCCGUUCUCUUCCUCUCCUCUAAAGCAACUUCGCCAAACUUCAAUCGACUCCUCCAUCAACUUGUAACGCACUCUCACGAAGCCAAAAAUGACGAUCAAGUGGGACGCAACCAAUGACCAACGUCUCCUGCUCGCGAUCCUCGCUGUCACUCAAAAGGUUGACUACAAAGCUAUCGCAACCUACUUUGGCCAAGACGUCACUAGCAAAGCGAUCUCGGAGCGGAUCUCAAAGUUAAGGAAACAAGUUGGCAGUUCGGUCAGCACCAGCAAUGGAGCAAACGGCUCUGCUCUUCCGAAGAAAAGGGCUGCACCAGCUUCGACGAAGGGUGUAGGGAAAGGAGGAAGUCCGAAGAGGAGUAAGAACGUGAAGGACAAAGAGGAAGAAGAAGAAGAAGAAGAAAUUCUUGCGGACGCGGAUGAGACACCCGAAGCUGAAGAGGUCAAGACUGAGCCCACCAUGUUUGAUAAACCCUACGAGUCGUUGACAAAACGCUUCGUGCUAAUUAUUCGUAAAGCUCCGCUACCCGUCCGAGGCGUGGGUCGACGAAGGUCAACUAUGCUGAACUUAUUGGUCUUGAGGUUGAGUCGGAUGAGGAACUUGUUACGGAUGACGAAGGUGUUGGAGAGGAGAUGGGAGGAUCGGUGAAGCAGGAAGUAGAGGAAGAGGAGUACGAGGAGGAGGACGAGAAGGAGGACGGGAAUGAGUUUGUUAAUGGGGGAGACUACAUGGCGGAUCCGCAGUAGGGGAAAUACCAGACAUUACAUAUCCUUGGUUCACGACUCAUCGGGUCGCGACGUCGGCUAACCCCACAAACACUACACCGGGGC